UGAACGCGGAAGUGCGGGAUCUGAGGGUUUCCAGCUUCUCGGAUUGUGGCGCGGCGACUGGUGCGAGAUGGAGUUGGACGCGGUGGCCGAAGAUGGUCGGGACGGUCCCCGGGAGCGGCGAGGCUUGGGUGAAGCCGAGGGGCCGCAGCAGAACCACGUGCGGCUUCAGUCCGGGGCAGACCGGCUUCCAAAACACUCCUGCUGGCUGGAUCUCUGGCUCUUCGUCCUGUUCGACGUGGUGUUGUUUUUCUUCGUGUAUUUUUUGCCAUGAAUGGUUUGCCUGAUACCUAAAUUAAGAAUUCUGGCUCCUGGAUCCUGUAAAAGACUACAGACUUCUUGAACAAAGAAGAGGGGAUUGUGCACCAGAAGAAUUUCAAACUCUAAGGGACCUUCCUUUCAUUUUACAUAUUCUGUUAUGCUUUGUGGGGGACUAUAUUAAAUGGGUAAUGAUCUCACCCAUUCAUAGCUAAGUCCUUAAAAUUCAGCUCUGAUUCAUGUUUUAAAACUUUUUACAAAUUAUCUGAUGGCUUUACAGGGGCUAAAUAUAAGAAGUAUUUAUACAUGAAGGUUUAUUAUACUCAUGAAGAAAUAAAUGUUUUUCCUUUAACAUUUUAAGAGUUGGCCAGGGUUUAGUAUGAUACAGGUAAUAUGGUGAAUAUUUAAAAAUAAAUUAUUCAAAAGGAAAAAAGGAGCUAAAAGCUGUACAGAAAAUGCAGGCCCACAAUGUAUUUGCUGUAAGUGCCAGUUUAAUUUUUAGAUUAGGUGGACCUCUGUUAUGGUUGCUAGGUUGGUACAAUCUUAGAGA